CAAUAAGAGUACCAAAAUGGAUGAUAAAUUACGUCAAAUGGAAGAUGAGAUGAACAGGUUUGAAGCUGAGAUUGGUGGACAAUUAGUUACACCAAUGGUAAGACCUGUAAUUGGUGCAAAUACAUAUAAUCAAGUAGCUAGACAAUUGGAACAACAUGAACUUCCAACACCAGUUGUUGCUGCUGCUGCAGCUAGUUUAGCUUUUCCUCCAAUGAUUGGAUUUCCACCUCCANUUCCCUCUAUAACAACAUAUUCAUCACCUGCCCAGAUAAGUAAUCCGUAUUUACCAAAUAUGGUGGAUCCCUGUUUAACUGCUACUCCAAAAACCUAUGAAUCUACAUCAACACCAAUGAUUCAUCCAGAAAUUAUUGAACAGAUUAUCAAUACAAAAAUCCCAGAAGAUGACAGCAAAAAAAAACCCAAGGUAAAAGGUGUUAGUACUGCAGCAGAACUAGCAAUUAGUCAAGGAAAAGCAAGUUCCAUUAUGGCUAAUGCUAGUGCAGAAGAGACACAUCCUAAAGGUAAAGGAAAGAAAAAUAAGAAAAUUGUACGAAUGGCUGGUGGACAAAUAUGGGAAGAUCCUUCUUUGUUAGAAUGGGAUGAUGAUGAUUUCAGAAUAUUUUGCGGAGAUUUAGGAAAUGACGUUACAGAUGAAAUGCUAGUAAGAGUCUUUGGCAAAUAUCCGAGUUUUCAAAGAGCAAAGGUAGUCAGAGAUAAAAGAACAAACAAGACGAAAGGAUUUGGAUUUGUGUCUUUCAAGGAUCCACAAGAUUUUAUCAAAGCAAUGAAAGAAAUGAAUGGACGAUACGUAGGUUCACGUCCCAUAAAACUACGGAAGAGCUCGUGGAAGCAACGAAAUUUGGAGACAGUACGGAAAAAAGAGAAGGAAAAGCAGGCGUUAAUUGGUUUGUUGACCGGCCGGUGACGUGAUGGA